AAGAUCUGUUUGAUUUCUACAGAACUCAAAGCAACUUAUAACACGAGUUAUAAUGUUCUCAUUUUUGAUAUAAAAGGAAGAUUAUCGUGAUGAAUAUACGCUUUGCACUUGCCCUAUACCUAAUCGGUUUUCCGUCAUUGUUCAGUUAAAUAUUAAAUUUUAAUCAGUUAAGCUCCAACAAACUUAUAAAAGCCUAUUGCCGUACACUGCGUGCAGCGGUUAGUCGCUCGCGAAUAUUCAGUGAACAUGAAGGCGAUCGCGGGUAUUUUAUUCGUGUUUGUUACGGUUGGUGUUUCGUUUCCAACAACCACUGCUCAAGGAAAUAUCGAAGCCGUGCAAAUCGUAGAGCCAACAAAAACCCAUUCGUUGCAAUAUGUGAAAGACAAUAAACUGGAGGAAAUUUUAAACAGUGAUGAAAUUAAAGAUCGUUACGUUGCUGUUGUGUCCAUCGUUGGGCUCGUACAAUCUGGCAAAAGUUUUAUGCUGAACCUUUUCUUGAACUAUCUACGUGAAACGUACCAAAUCUUUAGUCGAUUCACAAAUGGAACAUACGACACCGAUUGGAUGAACAUGAACGUCACAAAUGGAUUCAAAACAGCACAGAAUCGAAAUGGCACAACUAAAGGUAUCUGGGCCUGGCCAGAAAUAUUCAUACACGACAAUAUAACCUAUGGUUCAGAAAGUGGCAACAAAGUCGCCAUUAUCCUACUCGACACGGAGGGAUUAUUUCACAUCGACACCAACCUGCGACACAAUACCGUCAUAUUUGCUCUGAGCACGAUGUUUUCAUCGAUGCAAGGUUACAAUGUGUUCAAGGAUGUUAAUAGCGACACUAUGCAAUUUCUUGAUAUAUUCAGUAUGUACACGGUGUACGGAUCAAGUUUAAUGGCGACGCAAUCGAUUCAAUCGACAGAAAAUCCAUUCCAAGAUUUCUAUUUCAUUGUACGCGACUCUGACCACCUCGAUGAAAGUGAAAGCGUUAUUUUGAAACGCAUUUUCCCUGACGAUGGUAACGAUCAGAAUCGAGAGAUGAAGGAGCGAAUUAAAUCAGUCUUCAAGAAAAUUAGGGCAUUUCAAAUACCUCAUCUGGGUGGAAAUGUUAGUAGGGUCACAUUCAACGGUGACGCUGCCCUAAUCGAUCAAAGGUUUAAAGACAAAGUUGCAACUGUGGUAACAGAUGUUCUUGCACCGGAGAGUAUUGUCAUCAAGGAAAUAAACGGUGAACGCGUCAAAGCGAAAGACUUGGCGCAUUUUUUGAAAUCAUUCACAGACAUUGUUGAAAACAAUGUUACAAUAGCGACGACCCUUGUGGAGGUAUUGGCUAACGCAAGUAACUGGAUGGUAUAUGCAAACUAUGUAGAGCAUUACGAUGAUUUAAUGCGUUCGAAUUUUAACACAGUCAGAAACACUUCAAGGCCAUAUUUUAAGCCUGAUGAACUCCAUCAAAUCCACUUAGAAAAUAAGAACGCAUCAAUGUGCCAGUUCAAGAAUCGAAUCAAACUUGGUGGUGAGAAAUUCGCCUCUCCAUUUGAAAAAAUGCUCAAUGACACCAUUGACGAACAUUUCAUUAAUUUCUGUGACACCAACGAUAAGAUGCGAUUGGAAUUUCUCAGAGAACGGAAUGUCAGUCUGAGCAAAUUGGAUGGUAAACAGCUAUGGAUUUUGGUCGGUUUAGUUGUUGCUGUCGCAUUUUUUGCUGGUGUUCAGACUUUACGUAAGAAACCAGAAUGUUUAUCACGUUGUCGGAAUGCUCAGACACCGAAUCAAAUGAAAGCUGUGACAGAAAUCACAACAAAAGCUUGAGAAUGAAAUGUCAAUUUAUGAAAAGUUUGUUUUUAAAGAAAAAGUUAAUUGUUUUAAAAUU